AUGACGACCCCCCCCUCCGAGGCAGCCCUGAGAGAUCAGCUGCUUCUAGGACUGCGUGAAGGACCAAUGACACAGGCGCUUAAAGUGUAUGGACUGCGUGAAGGACCAAUGACACAGGCGCUUAAAGUGUAUGCUCGUCGGCACCCAGAUGCAGAUUUUGCAGCGCUGCGAGAGGAGGCGCUGUUGUUGGACUCUGAAUAUGGCAGCUCUGCAUCAGAGGUAACGUGCUCCAUUGUCAAUAAUAAGUCUAGUUUUUCAAAGGAACCAUAUUCGGACUGGAAGGAGACCCUCAAGCGUGACAUAAUGGAGGAAGUGAAGGCUGAGAUGAAGGGAUUGGCACAGGAACUAAUAAGGGAGCUCAAACCUCACUUGUCACCGGUUGCAACCGCCGCAGAGCCGCCAGUAACACCCCGGAGCUACUACCGAUCACCCCCACGCAACCAACGGGAUGAACGAGUCGAAGGGACACAGAUUCCUGGACGUGGAGUAGUGAUUGUAAGAGAUGAGGAUUGUACGCAUCCCCUUAUUGUUGGAAUGAAUGUUGUGAUGGCUUGUUGGGAUGCAUUCUUUAAAUGGCCCAGAAAGUCUGCCCUUCCUCCACAGAAACUUGGGAAGCCCUGGCGAGAUGCCUUCGCCACCUGUCGCCGCGUUGAAGCUACUGUCGCUGAGGAUGGGUUCCUAGGGCACGUGCGGCUGUCUGGUGGGCGGGCCUUCACUGUCCCUCCUAACAGCGAGCUGCUUGUGUGGGGUAAAACCCGGAUGGGCCCUGACGGCGCAGACUACUGUGCCCUGGUCGAGGCACUGCCAAAUGCUGGCGAAGUGGGUGUGGCCCGAACCAUUGGAGUGGUAAGAAACGGCAGAAUCCCAAUACGUGUCUGUAACCCACAUCCUUACAGCUGGACAAUAGGCCGCUAUCAGAAACUUGGACGCCUUUACCAAAUUGAUUCUGCUGAUGUGCACGGUCCUGACGAUGUGAGCCUGUCUCUGGAGGAAGAUGGGGUGGUUGAAGUGGCCCUGGUCCACACCACAUCUGACCCUGGACAACAUGGCCUCCCCGAGGAGGUGAGAAACCUAUCUAACCGAACUGACUUGUCUGAGCAGCAGCAGGAAGAGCUUGGUGCGCUUUUGCAAAAAUGGGAGAAGGUCUUUGCAAAGCAAGAAGAGGACUUCGGCCGGACCAACGCAGUACAACAUCGCAUCCACACGGGUGAUUCUGCGCCUACCAGAGAAAGGUACAGACCGCUUCCACCCUCGCUCUACAAAGAGACUGGCCUGUACCAACCACGAUCAAGCAAGUAA